CUCUAUAUCUGUUCAGCGAUUCUCAUCACGCGCGUGCUCAUGAUUUGUAAAUGUCAGUUUUUUAUUAAAGACAAUUUGACAUAAUACACAAUAGAAAAUAUCAUAUGAUAUACUGUCAAGUUUAAUUUCUAUGUAAUAAAAUAUAUUUAAAAUAAAAUAAUAAAACACAAAAAAAAUAAAUCUAUAUAAUUCUUUCAAUUGUAAUUACGUAAUUCUUUAACGUCACAAAAUAGCGGAAUGUGACGUUUUACUUGCCAAGUUUUGGUCCACAUCAGCGAGCAAUGGGAGACAACAAAUUCCAAUUCGCCAUAGACCGCGGUGGCACGUUCACUGACAUAUACGCCAGGUGUCCCGGGGGCAAGAUUCGAGUCAUGAAACUGCUAUCAGAAGAUCCUGUGAAUUAUGAGGACGCUCCAACGGAGGGUAUCCGCAGAAUACUGGAAGAGGAAACCGGCGUGAAAAUGGAUGGCGCGGUGGAUUCUUCUGAGAUUGGCUGGAUCAGGAUGGGAACGACGGUCGCCACCAAUGCGCUGUUGGAGAGAACGGGUGCGAAACUGGCGCUGUUAAUAAAUGAGGGCUUCGAGGAUCUCUUGUACAUCGGUAACCAGGCCCGGCCGAACAUAUUCGAUUUGGAGAUAGUGAUGCCGGAGGUCUUGUACAAAAAUGUGAUAGGCGUGAAGUGCAGAGUAAUCCCGUCGUUGCCAGGAAGGUGCCAAUUGGAGAACCAAUCCUGGCGAAGGGUGAAGGGUUCCACCGGCGAGGAUCUGUUCGUCACUCAGGAACUCGAUGAGGCUCAACUGAUGGAAGACUUGAGGAAACUCCGUAAUUUGGGAAUAGAGAGUCUCGCCGUCGUUCUGGCGCACAGCUAUACUUACGCGGCUCACGAAAUCAGAAUUGGCGAGUUGGCAAGACAAGCUGGUUUCUCGCAGGUGUCUCUCUCGCACGAGGUGAUGCCGAUGACCAGAAUAGUCCCGCGAGGCUUCACGGCAUGCGCAGAUGCUUACUUGACGCCGCACAUUAAGAAUUAUCUCCAGAGCUUCUCCUCAGGAUUCAGGAAUAAUCUGAAGGACGUGAACGUGCUGUUCAUGCAGAGCGACGGUGGAUUGACACCUAUGCACUCCUUUAACGGAUCCCGCGCGAUACUCUCUGGACCAGCUGGCGGUGUCGUAGGAUACGCAAUGACAACUUACGGCAAAGAGACUGAUCUACCGGUGAUCGGAUUCGAUAUGGGUGGCACAUCGACCGACGUAAGCCGAUAUGGAGGUAGCUACGAGCACGUUUACGAGAGCACUACAGCGGGCAUCGCUAUACAGGCUCCUCAGUUGGACAUCAACACAGUCGCGGCGGGCGGUGGAUCGAUGCUUUUCUUCAGGUCGGGCCUCUUCGUGGUCGGGCCUGAGAGCGCGGGGGCAUGUCCUGGACCCGCAUGUUACAAGAGGCAUGGCCCGCUGACCGUGACGGACGCGAAUCUCGCGUUGGGCCGUCUAUUGCCCGAGUACUUCCCUCAGAUUUUCGGGCCUAAGGAGAACGAGCCGCUCGAUAAAGACUGCACGUUGCAGAUGUUCAAGGAGCUUGCCAACGAGAUAAAGCUAUUUCUGCAGGAAGACAUAUCGAUCGAUGAGGUGGCUAUGGGAUUCAUCAGGGUGGCGAACGAGACCAUGUGCAGACCGAUUCGCGCCUUGACUCAGGCAAAAGGUUACGACACUUCUCGUCACGUUUUGGCAUGCUUCGGUGGCGCCGGAGGACAACAUGCUUGUGCAAUCGCUCGAUCGUUGGGCAUCAGCACAGUUUUCGUCCACAAGUACGCCGGUAUUCUGUCAGCUUACGGUAUGGCGUUGGCAGACGUCGUCGAGGAGGCCCAGGAACCAAGUGCCGAAACCUAUGAUCCCGCGAGCUUCGAUCGUUUGGACGAUCGUCUGGACACAAUGGAGGCUAAAGUUCGUAACAGACUUCGCGCACAAGGAUUCGCCGAUUCUCAAAUAAAAACGGAAUCGUUUUUACACUUGCGUUAUGAGGGUACGGAUUGCGCUUUGAUGUGUACCGCAGAUCGAGAUUCAAACAAAACCGGCACUAGGCACGGAGACUUCCUCGCUUCUUUCCUAAAAAGAUACAUGACGGAGUUUGGUUUUACUAUGCCGGAGCGCAAGAUUCUGGUGAACGACGUGAGAAUACGGGGAACUGGUAAAACAGAAAUCACCGAGGAUCCCAUGUUACCUCGUUCGCGAGCCCCACCAAAAGCUGAGAAGACCACAAUGGUGUACUUCGAAGGCGGUUAUCAACAGACCGGUGUGUAUCAGUUAAAUUCGUUGUCACCUGGAGAUACUCUGCGUGGUCCCGUCAUCAUCAUGGACAGUCUGAGCACAAUUUUGGUCGAACCGGAUUGUGUCGCGGAAAUUACCUGUCGCGGAGACGUCAAGAUCACGAUUGGACAAGGUUUGCAAACGAAAGUCACCACUGAUCUCGACACUAUCCAGCUCAGCAUUUUCUCGCACCGUUUUAUGAGUAUCGCUGAACAAAUGGGUCGGGUGCUUCAAAGGACCUCGAUCUCCACCAACAUAAAGGAACGAUUGGAUUUCUCAUGCGCGAUUUUCGGCCCCGAUGGCGGUCUCGUCUCGAACGCGCCUCACAUCCCAGUGCACCUUGGUGCCAUGCAGGAAACCGUGCAAUACCAGAUGAAGGCAUUCGACGGCAAAUUCUCUCCAGGGGACGUGAUCCUCUCGAAUCAUCCGUCAGCGGGCGGCUCUCACCUUCCUGACUUGACAGUCAUUACGCCAGUAUUUUACAGAGAUGUGCCUACACCAGUAUUCUUCGUGGCUAGCAGAGGCCAUCACGCUGACAUUGGUGGCAUCACACCAGGCUCGAUGCCACCGCAUUCAACGAGCCUGCUUCAGGAAGGCGCAACUUUCAAGAGCUUUCUGCUGGUGCAGAACGGAAAAUUUCGAGAAAAGGAACUGACGGAUGCUUUGAUGGCGCCGGGCAAAGUACCAGGAAGUUCGGGAACCAGGAACCUUACGAACAACAUUAGCGACUUGAAAGCUCAGAUCGCGGCGAACCAAAAAGGUUCGCAGCUAGUUAACGAACUGAUCGAUGCAUACACUCUUGAAGUGGUUCAAGCAUACAUGGGUCAUAUACAACAUAAUGCCGAAAUUGCUGUGCGGGAAAUGCUGAAAUGGGUAGGUUCACAGAUCGAACAACGAACGAUGAAGACGAAUGCUAACGCCGUUGAUUAUCUCGAUGAUGGCAGUCCCAUCAAGUUACAUGUGGAUUUCGAUAUAGAAAAGGGCGAAGCGAUUUUCGAUUUCAGAGGAACGGGUUACGAGUUAUGGGGUAACUGCAACGCGCCACGUGCGAUAACUCUGUCGGCGUUAAUUUACUGCUUGAGGUGCAUCGUCGGCCAUGACAUACCGUUGAAUCAGGGGUGUCUGAAGCCGGUGAAAGUAAUUAUCCCGGAGGGUUCGUUGCUCGAUCCCUCGGAGAACGCGGCGGUAGUGGGCGGCAACGUCCUCACAUCGCAGCGUAUCGUCGAUGUGAUCCUGACAGCUCUUGAGAUCUGCGCGGCCUCGCAGGGCUGCAUGAACAAUAUCACCUUGGGCACCGAAGAAUGGGGCUAUUAUGAGACGGUCGCUGGUGGUAGCGGAGCAGGACCGACAUGGAAUGGCAGAAGCGGUGUUCACACGCACAUGACCAACACGCGGAUUACCGAUCCGGAAAUACUGGAGCUUCGGUAUCCGGUUGUGCUCGACAAGUUCUCGCUUCGACCCGGAAGCGGCGGUGAUGGGACGUAUGUUGGCGGUGACGGCGUUGUGCGUGAAAUGACGUUUAGAGCUCCGAUGAUUUUAUCCGUAUUAACCGAACGAAGGGUGCACGCACCACCCGGUUACGGUGAUGGUGGUGAUGGAGCGCGUGGCCGCAAUACUCUGGUGCGCGCAAAUGGCAGAAGAAUUAACUUAGGUCCGAAAGCCGCCAUCUCGGUCUACGCGGGGGAUAAAUUCAUCUUGGAAACUCCGGGCGGUGGUGGUUUCGGCAAGCCUGAUGAGAAGAAAGAAGCAGGGACGAUUAGAUUGGCGUUUGAAUGGUCGGGAUUCAACAGAUACGGUCUCUACACGCACGACGUUAUAGAUCACACCCAUCCUGCUGUACUGGAAGCUCUGCGUAGAUUGCCCGAAGAGAUGGUAGACACCAGGAACUUUAGGCUUAUACGUGCUAUGCAGUUGAGUUUCCUGAAGGUAUACCUACCCAGAGAGAAGUGGAUCACGUACGAGCAGGAUCAGAAGUAUCGAUACCUUGACCCGUACAUACGCGAGAUCAAUGCCGAAUGGGAUGAGAUGUAUGAGUUCGACGGCUUCAAUUACUGGGACAGAGACUGGCCGGCGCACAAGGUGAAAUAGCCAUUGGUGAAGCAGCCAUUGGACAAAACAAUUCUGUAUGGCGUUGGCAAGUAGAGUAAUCGCUGUUGCUAAAAUAAAAUAAAAAUUGAUUAAAAUCAAAUAAAAUUUUUUAUCUGCUAUUUUCGAAAACAAUUUAGGAUGAGGCUACUACCAAUCGAAUAAUCGUUACAAACUUUGGCGCUUAACGAGUACAGUUUCCACGUUAAAAAAGAGAUUUAGAUGAAAUAUAUUUUACUAAAUAUAAAGUACGUGCUUACGUUAAUCAGAAAUGCGCGGGAUUACAAUGCCAGAUUAAAGUAUUUUGCUUCGCAGUUCGACGUUGAGAUUUACAUGUUCGCGAGCGCGACAAGAAGAAUUAUGAUGUCGAAUAUCCUUUAAUUUGAUGGAUGCCAAGGACACGUAACGCGUCUGAAUGUAAUGUAUGAUUUACGGCUGGACGAAUUUAUAGCGCAUCGCGUAACGCUCUGCUCCUGCGUCCGCAUCCGCAUGUUACAUCCGGAAACGUAUAAUCCGCGGAUUUGCUUACGCGAAGUUUACGAUGGAUGGCAGGAAAACGUGACUUCGCUUUGCAUGGCAAAAUAAAUCGGCGUGUAUCGUCACGUGUGCUUGGCAACUACUGAUUUCCGAACUCGAAUGUUUUAUUUCUCCAACCAUGUCGGAAAAUCGUUGCUGCGCACGCGAAGCAGCUGACGACACACACUUGUCAUUUUAAUAAACGGUCUAUGAUAUCUCCACGUUCUGUAUGUGAUAUUGUAUAGGUACAUAUAUAUUUACAUUAUAUUUGAUUACCUUUUAUUUAUAUUUAUUUACGUGUAUAUAUCCGUCGCCCAUUUUCCUUUUCAAUUUUUCAACAACAAUUUUUUUAAUUGACUUGGAACGAUCUAUGUGCUUUAUCUACUAUUAAUUGUGAAUAUAUCUGGUUAGAGAUGCUAGAUUUAUCAAUCUUUUACUUAUUCAUGUCGCUGUGAGUUCCUGUUAAUAAUUCUUUGGGGACUCUGUUCGGAAUCUAAAUAAAUCUACCCUAUCUAUUCCAUUUUUCACGGCAAAUAUUUUCUCGGGGGAUGUCGAUCUUCUCCUCGACAAACUUCUCCCAUUUCUGGUCGACAGAAGUUUCGCAAUUUGGCGUAAUUCCUUUUUUUCUCGCGGGUAAAGGAGAGCGAGGGAGACACUCCGAUACCCGAGGCUGUUUAAUGUCCGAUCAGGAGUCGGCGAAUUACCGGGUGUUCGGGCGUGAGCGUCGCACAAACGUCGCGACGCCCGCGUGAGAAAGAGUUUUCGAGUUAAUCGCACUAACGCACGAGCGACGUUAAACGACGACUUUACGUGUUAAAGCGAGUCGUAAAAAGUUGGAUAGGUCGCAAGUAGUUUUUCCGCGCUCUUAUCGCGAGUUAGACGAUACUUGGUACCUUCGCGAUCGGAAUUCUUUAUGACAUCGCGAGCCUUGUCGUUUUCGAAAUACCCGACGAAUACCGCGGAUACGGUGAAAAUACCUUGUCACGCACGUCCUCGAAAUAUCGUAUGCACCGCGCGAUUUUUCCCGCAAACGUUCCUGCAUCGUAAAAGCGUGCAAAAGACUUGUAUGGACGCAAUGUCACCUGCAUGUCGCUUUAUGAGUCUCAUUUCAUAUUAAACAAGUAAUUAAACGAGCAAAAUUGCUAACGCUCAGUUUCGAGGAUUUACAUGGGAUGGUCGUUGCCAAACACGUCCCGGAACACGCUUCGAAACGCACUCAAAGUUAGCUUGACAAACGACAAUUAUAUUCCCGCAGUCGUCCGUUACCGUGACGUCCAUUAUAUCUCCGGAGAGAAUUUAUCUUGUUUCACUUUCAGGUCGAAACCGACGAGCCGAGGGUUCGCUGUAUAACGUAAUAAACUGAAAAUAAAGUCCGCGCAGCAGCCUUCGAAUUAGCCGUCGGAUUAUUGUUCUAGGUCCGCGAAAUAACCCGUGUAGAAAAAUUAAUAGGGUCUUAAAAAGUCCCGAUUAAUUUCCUCAAUAUUAAUAUGGCCCUAAAAUGGCAUGUAACAAAUAUUUUUUCGGGACCUUAUAAGG